AUAAUAAAUCACACAGCCCAAAAAAUUAGGUCAGAAUUGGAUGUUGGAAAUAAUAUGGUUUAUUAUGUAUUGCUAAUAAUUACAGAUGGUGUAAUCACAGAUAUGCAAUCAACAAUAAGAGCAAUAAUCAAAGCUAGUUCAUUACCUCUAUCAAUAGUUAUUGUCGGUGUGGGAGAUGCUGAUUUUACCAAUAUGCAUAUAUUGGAUGCUGAUGAUGUACCUUUAACUGUAUAUUUUCAAACGGAAUAUUCAAAAUAUUUAUUACCUAAAGAAGUUUUAGAAGAAAUCCCUGAUCAAUUUUUAGGUUAUAUGAAAAGAAAUAGAAUAAGACCUCGUCCUCCUAUUAAUAACGAAAUUGUUCAAUUAAUUGAUAAAAGCUACAGAACCAAUAAUGAUUAUGGUAAUGCUAGUAGUAAACUAUAUGUAAAAAAUUUUAUUGGUUCAUGA